AUGGAGGGCACGAAAAAAUUAGGUAAUCAUCAAUGCACCGAGCAAAGACGCGCCAAAGGUUGUAUAGGCCGUCAACUUCGAUCAGUAAAACGCUGUGCAAGUAUCGAACUUUGCUUCGUUCACGACCAAAUGCGCUACGCCUUUAAUGUUCAUCAUCAACAACGAAUUGUAUUUGGCCAAGAAAACUGUCUGUUAUUGACGACGGUUUGCCCCAUGAGACCUACUCCCAGCACAUCCUGGUGA